AUGGGUACAGGGGACCUUAACCUGCUGAAAUCGUGGAAUCCACACCUUCUCAAAAACAAGAAGAAAGUAUGGGAAACGGAACAACAGUUACUGGACGAACAGCGCAAGUUUAAGGAGCGUCAGAUAGAAAUAGAGAAGGAGCGACAACUAGACGACUUGACGUCACUAAACAGGACAGGGUCAAAACUACAACAAAAAAAUGGCAUGGAGUGGAUGUACAACGAUCCCGCGGCAACAAACGAACAAAACACUGAUUUUCUACUGGGGAAAAAGAGAAUAGAUACUUCAAUCCUCAAAAAAAAUGAGCAGCCAUACACACAAAAGAAAGACAGGCACUUCGACACCUCAAAUAAGGGAAUACAUUCCAUUUUAGAAAACAAACGUCCCGCUGCAAGCACUGACCUCUCGAGAGACGACCCCUUGGCAGCAUUUCAAAAGGCUCAAGAAAUUAGAAGGAACACAGCUCGUUCGGAUCGCAUAUCAAAGGUUCACAAGCCAAGACCAAAUCUUCCUGAAUCCGGCUCCAGGAACAAACAAACCAUUCCCCACGCCGUCUCACGCCAACCACCGCAGAACAACAGAAAGUCGCGAUCCACAUACGACAUGGAUUACUAA